AUGCCGGACACUGUGGUUACCGUUCAAAAUCCCGAGUCCAAACCUGCAGGAAAACCCGGAGUGGAAAAUGGAAACGUGAACAACAUUUUCUCUUGGGUGGAAAUCAACUACAAUUAUUUCAAAACCUUACCUGGAAUAUUGAAAUUGGCGCAGUUGAUACUCGGCAUAAUAUGUUUGGCACUUGCCUCGCCGGCCAGGUUACCGGGUACCAAUUGGUUCCUGUUCGUGGUCAUCAUCAGUUUCAUAGCGACGGCCAUCUGGUCGUUUGUCUACCUCCUUUCCAUCCGGGAGGCUAUCAAUUUCCCAAUCAAUUGGGUGCUAACGGAAUUCUUCAACACGCUCCUGCUGACCGUCCUGUACACGGUCGCGUUCAUCGUACAAAUUUCGGCCUGGUCCCGGCCGUACCAGUCUUAUUACAGGAACCCAAACAUAGCUGCAGGAGUGUUCGGAAUUAUCAACGCGGCUGUGUACGGAACUGGAGUGUAUCUGAUAUUUAGCGAUUGGAAAAAGUCGAGGACUUCAUCGACUGUUCAACAGCAAUAA